AUGGUCCAAACACUCGAACUCUGGGGUCAUUGGGGAGCUCCAAACCCUUGGAAAGUAGCCAUGGUCUUGGAAGAAUUGUCUCUUCCUUAUCAAAUUAAUUAUCUGGAGUUGACCGAUGUCAAGACUGAAUCCUACUUGGAGGUUACCCCUAAUGGUCGUCUGCCGGCACUCAGGGAUCCUAAUACGGGAAUCACGCUUUGGGAGUCCGGAGCUAUCAUCCUUUAUUUGGUUGAUCAGUACGACAGGGACGGAAAAAUAUCUUACAAGGAUUCACCCGAAAAGUAUCUUUGUCAACAGUGGCUCGCUUUCCAGAUCUCAGGUCAAGGUCCAUACUUUGGUCAAGCCACAUGGUUCGCCCGCUUCCACCCCGAAAAAAUCCAAUCCGCAAUCGACCGCUACAUAAACGAGAUCCUGCGGGUAAUCAGCGUCAUUGACCUCGGACUCCGCAGAAACCCUGCUGCGGGUAACUGGCUUGUAGGUGACAAAUGUACCUAUGCAGACCUGUCAUUUGCCACCUGGGCUUUGGUGGGAUAUGGCUUGUUGAAGGAAUUGGGGAAGAAUGAGGGUCUUGAGAAGGAUUAUCCUAACUAUACUCAGUGGAUUGCGAAGAUGGAGGAGCAGGAGAGUGUGAAGAAGAUUCGGGAUGUGAUGAAUCAGGGGAGAAUUGCACAUAGUUUGAAGGUAUAA